AUGUCAAUUAGCAUUCUGGGAGACGAAAUGGGUCUCGGAAAGACACUGCAGACUAUCACACUAGUGUGGACGUUGCUCAAACAGAACCCAUAUACAGGAAGUGGUCCUGUGAUCGGAAAGGCUAUGAUUGUCUGUCCAGUCUCCCUCGUCGAGAAUUGGCGAAAGGAAUUUCACAAAUGGAUUGGGCGCGACCGAAUCGGUAUCUUUACAGGUGAUUGCGAAAAGGUUGCUCUUAAGCAGUUCAUCAAUAGUCGGAACCACCAGGUCCUGGUCAUCGGAUAUGAGCGACUUCGAGGAGUAAUUGAAGAGCUGGCUUAUUGCCACCCUCCAAUUGGCCUCAUUGUUUGCGAUGAAGGACAUCGACUGAAGACAGCAGGAAGCAAAACGAGCCAAAUGUUCAAAGCAUUACGCACUCCUCGACGUAUCAUUCUAUCGGGGACCCCGAUACAAAACGAUCUCGGCGAGUUUCAUGCAAUGGUGGAGUUUUGUAAUCCAACUCUCCUCGACGAUUAUUCCGUCUUCAAGAGACUCUUUGAAGCUCCCAUUCUGGCAUCUCGGUUACCGGAUUGCAGUCCGAAGACCAGAGAAGCAGGCGAAGUUUGUGCCAUGCAUCUAAAGAGACUUGCGAAAUCGUUCGUCCUCAGACGCGAAGCCUCGAUAUUGUCCAAUUACUUGCCCCCGAAAUACGAAUACGUCGUAUUCAUCACACCGACAAAACUUCAACUUUCGAUGAUGCAGGAGCUCCUUCAUCCGGACCGGCUACAUUACUUGACUGGAAAUACUGCUAGGUCUUUGGCGCUUAUCCAAACUCUCUCCAAGCUUUGCAAUAGCCCGCUGCUCUUAAGGCACAAGGAGGAUGCUGAUGAGGGAUUGAGAGCAGCCCUUCGUCUCCUCCCACCCGGCGCAGCUCCUAGUGACGUUUCUCUGAGCGGCAAGCUUCAAGCUCUCAGCAGUAUCUUGAAGGAACUAAAGUCUACGACCGACGAUAAAUGCAUCAUCGUGUCGAACUACACAUCGACGCUGAACAUUGUGGAAGCCUUUUGCACGAAGCAAAGAUAUACCUUUUUUAGACUCGACGGGCAGACACCGCAGGUUAAACGCCAGGAGUAUGUGGACAAGUUCAACAAGUCUUCGCAAAACGAGCGAUUUUUAUUUCUGUUAUCCACCAAGGCUGGCGGUGUCGGACUUAACCUUAUCGGCAAGUCCCGAAUGCAUUUGCAAUUAUCAUUCUCACAGAUGUCUAGCCAUGACCUGCAAGCGAUGGCGCGCAUACAUAGAGAUGGUCAGAAGCGACCUGUCUUUAUUUAUCGGCUAUUGACCGCCGGCACUAUUGACGAGAAGAUUUAUCAACGUCAAAUCACGAAGAUCGGACUUAGUGAUGCAAUGAUGGGAAACAGUGUCAGAGGUGGCAAAUCCAAAACAGACUCGUUUACCAACAGAGAGCUGCGUGACCUGUUCAAUAUCUACCCGGAUGUGGCUUGCCAUACCCACGAGCUACUCGGAUGUGCUUGUGGAUCUCGCUCGCAACGCCCUAUGGAGUCGAGUGAACGCAAAUUCGUUCAGCCAGAUUCUGAUGAUGAAGACGAGCCAUUGUCGGUUGGAUUUCAGCCGGCGAACCAGGUGGACCCGGAUAAGCAAUCAAGCAAAGAAAUGAGAAGGAAGCGAGAGGCGCUCUCAUCUCUUGCGGAAUGGACACACAUCAAUUGUAUGCGGACAAGAGCGUCAGACUCAAUACAAGAUGCCCUCCUUCGUGGUCUGGUUCAUACACCGGCGGAGGUCUCGUUUGAUGACUCGGCACUGUGGGACGAGUCGGAUGGUCUAGAUGAGGAUGUGAAGGACGUUCCAGCCGGAACGAUCACCUUUUUGUUUGAACGUAUCACCAAGACGGACAUUUAG